CGACGAUCUGCCCUCCUUGCGUCCGUUUGCCCGGUUCUCUACUCCAGCUCAUUCUCAAUGGACGACCUUGGCGAGAUCCCAGAGCUCGUUGAUGCCGACACCACCAGCGCUGAGGACGCCCCGGAAGGACUUUCGAUCCCAAACCUCGCCGACGCGAAUGACUCCGAGCAUCCGCCUCGCACGGUACCUCUCACCAUCAUAAGCGGCUUUCUUGGUGCAGGGAAGUCUACGCUCGUCCGACGGAUAUUAACUGAGCGGCAUGGGUACCGGAUAGCGGUCAUCAUGAAUGAGUUCGGGGACACUGCAGAUAUCGAAGCGAAGACGAUCAACGUAUCGUCUCCGGAUGACCCGUCGCAACAGUCCGAGGAGUUCCUGGAGCUCGCGAACGGUUGCCUCUGCUGCAGCAUCAAGGACACGGGUAUCGCCGCCAUCGAGAAGCUCAUGAAGCGCAAAGGCGCCUUCGAUCACAUUUUGCUCGAGACAACGGGGCUCGCUGACCCCGGCCCCAUAGCGUCUAUGUUCUGGCAAAACGAGGAGUUCUCACAAGGACUUGGCCGGGAUAUCCAUCUGGACGGUGUUGUGUGUGUCGUAGACGCUGUCUUCGGGCGACAGCAAAUGGAAGAAGACCACGCUGCCGAUGGUAUCGGGGAAAGCUUACGACAAAUUGCAGCCGCCGACGUAAUCCUGUUGAAUAAGGUCGACCUCGUACCACCUGCAGAGGCGGAUGCAACAGAAGCGGUCAUCCGUGGCGUGAACCCCGCAGCAUCCAUCCACAGAACAGUGCGCGGAGAAAUCGACCUGAAGCAUAUCAUGGGCAUCGACGCUUAUGCUUCACGUCAGCUUUUGGAGGUAUCUGGCGCAAGAGUGGCGAAGUCGCACCGCGGAGAGCACGAGCACGAUCACAAUCACAACAAUGUGCACGACCACGAACACUCGACUUCGCCAACUCACUACGAGAUUCGCGGAAUCUCGAGUCUACAGAUAGACUGUCCCAAGCUGUCCUCCCAGCAGUUGGAUGUGUUAGACGAAUGGAUUCGCAGCGUCCUGUGGGAGAACAAACUACCAGGCAGCCCCUCGGGAGACAACAGCGGACUGGAAGUCCUGCGCUGCAAAGGGCUGUUCGUUACCACGGUCGGGGAUCUUUACGUCCUUCAGGGUGUCAGGAACCUGUACGAGAUUGCGAAAGUCGAGGACGAGGAGCUCGGGUUGCCAGACGCUGGCAAGCUAGUUUUCAUUGGCAAAGGCUUGAACGAGCAUGUCAGACGCAGUUUGCAGGAACAAUUGAAAAUUAUAUGAGUACACGG